CCCACGGCAAUUUCCCACAGAUUGUGUCGCGUGAGCACUAAGGGUUAACUAAUGAUUGACGUGUGGAGUCAACGUUUUUCUAGUAAAUAUUUGGUCAGUUCUAAUCUUUUGCAUUUAUCUUCAAUUGUUUUCAAUAUCAUGCUGUUUCAAGCAGCAGGACUUCAGUGAUCCACCUGAGAUCUGAAGUAGUUUUCUUUUUUAAUUUGAUAAAAAAUCCUCUCAUAUGCACAUUAGAGCGAACAAAGGAUAGGAUAACGACAUCAUGACUGAAGAUGCAAAGAAAGCACAUUUCACUCAGGGAAGUUGAUUAAUCUCUUGUGUUUCAUUAACAUGCACCUGGAGCUCCCAGAGGCCAACUAUACCAUUUUGCUUGGUGGCUUUCUGUGGGGGCCAAACCUUCUCCCACCAUUCAGUGUGACAGUCAUACUGGUGCUCACAGAUGUUAGCAGCAUGUUGGAGGCUGAAGACUGAGUUACAACACGUGAAAAAAUGAAGACGCUAGCUGCUUAAAGACUGUACAUCAGCUGCUCAGACCUCUCCACGCGCGAGGUUUGUUAAAUCUAUGGUUGCAAUGGAGAACUCAAUGAACCACGAUGACCUGGACGAGCUCGUGGGGAUGGGACUUCGUGUCUCUGUGUCCUCAGCACAAAUCGUCUUUUACAUUAUCCUGGUGAUGAUGGGCAUCCUGGGUAAUGCCACAGUGGUCGUGGUGAUCGGUAAGAGCGUGAUACUGGAAGGCGGCAGAGGACGCAACUCGGACAUCAUCAUCAUUAACAUGUCGCUGUCAAAUCUGAUGGUGUCUGUGAUGAGGAACAUGCUGCUGAUUAUUUCAGACCUGGGACUAGAGCUGUACUCAUCUAAAGAGUGGUGUCAGUUCCUGAUGGGGAUCUGGGUGUGGCUGCGCUCGGUCAACGUGUGGUCGACACUUUACCUCAGUGCUUUCCACUUCCAGACUUUGAGGCGCGUGACUCCCAUCAUGGUGAACCUCGGGUCCCGGGGAGCUCCCAGCUCACUGCUCAGCCUCGCCCUCAUCUGGCUUCUCAACUUUGUUUACUCCAUUCCCGCUCUUGUUUUUUCCACGAAUGGCGAUGUGAACACCACAGAGACUCUGAUGCUGGUGAGCAGCACCACACGCCCCCUGCUGGGCUGUGUGUGGAACUUCCCCUCCACCUACAGCGGCCUCGCUUAUGCCACCACAUCUGUCGUGAUCCACGAGACAAUCCCUGUGAUCCUGAUGGCUUUCACCAACCUGGGCUCCCUUUACACGCUCUACACCCACGGCAGGGUGCGCAGCGCGGCGCAGGACGGGCCCGUCAUUAAACGAGUGCCGGCGGAGAAACGAGCAGCCAAGGUGAUUCUUGCUCUCAUCAUGCUCUUCAUCGCGUCGUGGGGAACGAGCAUCAUCUCUGUGAACUAUUUCAACUACAGCCAGGGCACCUCGCCCGAAUAUCUGCUGGUUCUGGCACGUUUCGCCAAUAUUAUCUUCAUCGCCAUGUCGCCUCUUAUUCUGGCAGUCGGCCACCGGCGACUGCGUUCCACGUUCAAGUCUUUGAUUUCUCACUGACAGAGAGAAAUUUGGAUUUGUUCUGUUGUUUGUUACCCAGUGAAUUUGACUUUUCCAGCAGAGAAAUGGAUACUAUAGUUUAUUUCCUUCUCUUAACAAAUUGUCAACAGAAGAAGAAGAAAAUGAUUCUCAAAGUUAGAUCAUAUUACACAGAUGUUGGCUCCUGACUACACACUUACACACACAAACACAAACAAAACAUGGAAACACAAGGGUAAACGCUUCCUGCACUGUCAGUUUACACACACAAAGGCUCCCUCAGUCAGGUCUGAUAGUUUUGCUUGA